AACAACUGGAUCAGCUCUAAUUAAAGAGAGAGAGGGGGAGAGAGAGCGAGAGAGUGUGUGUGUGUGUGUGUGUGUGAGAGAGGGGGCGAGUGAGGGAGAGGUAGAGAGAGCCUUCAGUGGAGCUGAACCAGUAGCUGCAGCAGAUCGCUCUCCGUGUCUCUCAGACUCAUUUUAUUCCAGCCAUGCUCUGUCGUCCCUUUCUCCUUGGGUUUUUGAUCUUUACGUCGGUGACAUGUUUUCUUUUGCGAUAGUUUUGGUGCAUUUCUUGGCUCUUCAGCUGCGACACUGUGCAGCUGAUCUGUGCAACUGGACCGGGAGCGGUUUUGCAGCUGGCGUGGACUCCAGGAUCGUGCUCCAGGUGCGGCUGCGGUGCACCGAGGGCUCGGUGAGGUGGCUGUACCCAGGCCAGGCUCUCCGGGUGGUGCUGGAGCCGAACCUGUCCUCCAGCCUGCGCACCACCGUCUGCAUAAAACCGUCUCCCUCCUUCCGCGGGGCCAGUGUGUUCGUGGAACGCGCCGGAGAGCUGGAGCUGCUGGUGGCGGACGGAGAGAGGCCGCAGCAGGUCUACUGUUUCCGGGCUGAGGGAUCGCGCAGGCCCGCUUUAUACCUCCAGGCCAGCCCGCAGAGUGACGGAAACUGGAGCAGACGCACCAUGAGCUUCAGAUACGAGCUGCUGGGGAACAGGAGCGCGGCGCCCAGCCUGGGUCACAGCGGGCCACAGGCUUCUUGUCGACCCUGCAAUGAUACUGAACUCCUGAUGGCCAUCUGCAACAGUGACUUUGUGAUCCGAGGCCACAUCAGGAACAUCUCCCACAGCUCUGCAAGUCAGACCUCCUCGGUGGAGGUGUCAGCGGUGAGGGUGUACUGGCAGCGUAGUGGAGUGUUUGAGCGCCGUGUGGAUCCGGGGUCACCUCGGUCCGCCUCAACGUGGCAUGGACACAUCCACGCACUCCUGCAGUGCCACGUGAAGCCUGGGGAUGGAGAGUUUCUCUUCACAGGGUCAGAACACUUUGGGGAAGCGUGGUUAGGGUGUGCACCGCGAUACAAAGACUUCCUGUCCGUCUACCAGACUGCCCGGGCGGCACGUCGCAAUUCCUGUGACUUCCCUUUAGACUGA